AUGUCUCAUACAACUAUGUUGCAAAUAAGAGAUCAAGUGGCCAGGCAUAUGGCUACAACAGCUCGAAUGAGUGUCAAUUAUAGUAUCAUGCCUCAUUGUUCGUGGGUCCCACCAUCAGUUCCUUAUAGUAUUCUUGAUAAACUUGAUGCAGAGAUAGAAAAAGAAGAGUUUGGGGUUGACAUAUAUGAUAGUCUUGAUAGAGAAAUAGAAAAAGAGUUUGGGAUUGACAUAUCUGAGUAUUUAGAAACAAGAAUAUUUUAUGCUCCAAUGUGUGAAGAUGAAGAAAAAGAUGCAUGUUUCAUCUGUGCAUAUGAAUAUGAAGAUGAUGAUAUCAUUGGCACACUUCAAUGUGGCCAUGACUUUCAUGCAGAUUGCGCCAACAAGUGGCUACUGACGAGGACGAAUCCGUGUUGUAGCGAUCCAGUUCUGCCCAUCCAUGAUUAA